CACGCACGGGGAUUUCCUUCCCCCGGGAUUUCAACUCCAGUUCAGGGAUUUUCCUCCAAUUUCCGACUUUCUGGUGCAGCACCACUUCCUGUAAAGUAAGGCGAUUCUAUGAAAGUCAAUCUUCAACAUCUCGACUAUACCCCGCAAAUCACGGCGCUCCGAGGAAAGGCUAGGUUCCGCGUUGGAACACCAAGCUAUCGAGCUUAGAGACAGCUGCUUUUGCACGUGCGCACUGUGAAUGAGCAGUUUCUGACAUUUGCACCUUUCACUCGAGCAUUAUUAUGACUCAAUAUCUCCUAAAUGCUUAGCUCUGUUUUUUCAACUGAUGUAUGGCAAGGCGAGGCUAGUUAAGAAGGGUAGUGUAUCAGUUAUUUCAGGAAAUCUGAGCAUUGCGGCAGUUGUCAGCAAACAGACAAAACCGUUUGUUUUAAUUCAUUUUAGGUCAUUUUCGAGUAACUAGGGCGUUCAGCAAAUAGCGCAGAGCGAGUGAACAGAUAGUUCAAGCGGGCGCUUCGUUCGGCGGUGCUUCGUUCGCUUACAUUCAGAGGACAGUCUUGGUUGAAGGGGACAUCAUAAUGUCACUCGACGGUGACCCCAAGUACGGAGCAGGGUCCGCAGCGGCUGCAGGGGAGACCUCGGAUUGGAAGGAGAAAUACGCGGAUCCUUACUCCAGCGAGCCUCCUGCGACCAAGUACCCUGAUAUCUACUCCAACGAGCCCCCUGCUGACGACCAAGAUGCUCUGGGUGCGAGCGCCAUAUCGCUAGAGGGCACGGUGCAAGUGGUGAAGGAGAAUAUGUGGUACAUAGGCGAUGCUGCCUUGAAGAGCGUGGCUGAGGUUCUGUACGGGUUCGGAAUCAGCCCAACGAUACUCGGAUACACGGAAGAAGAACUGUUAGAGGAGGAUGACGAGGAGGACUAUGACAUGGCACCUGCGGCAAUACAGCGGGAUGAAGUGGUGGCUAAGACGUCGUUCUCGAUGCGAAGUGAGGAGAAUAUGCAGCGGAGGAAAGCAGAGGAGCCGGCAGCGCCUGUGGAUGAGGCUGAGGAGAUCUACAUGGACCAGGGGAACGAUGGCUGGGGAGGGGUGGAAGAUUAUGCUGAGUUUGGGGAGGACAAGAAGGAUAAGUAAUAAAUUAUGGGCAUGACUUUGUGAAAUGUAUUUUGGCCAAUUCUUACCUUCCCUUGCAAGCUUCAAGUGGGUGUAAUGUAAUGUCCGUGCUCAGGAUCUUGGUUGGCGUUUGCUGUACAUGACAAUGCAUUAUGCCUUAGUGCGAUGCAAUUUUCUUACUGUAUGUUGAGGUAUACUCGACAGAGUUUACUUAUACAUUCCUGAUGUAACAGUUAGACUGUACUAG